GUUCACUACAUCACCGUGGCAGGCCUGGUGUGGAUGUUCUCUCGGUACGACCUCCCGAGGCACUACCGCUUCCCAAUCGCUUUGCUGCUGGGGCUCAGUGUCUACAAGGCCUUCCUGCUUGAGUCGCUGGUAACCGUUCUGAUCCUGGGCAGCUGGACGGCGCUGCUCCUGAAUGCGGCGGUGACAGGUGCUGUGUCCCUCAGUGCUCUUAUCCUCUACAUCAACCUGGUCCACGGCAACUGACCGAGGGCGAGCGGGUACCAUGCAACCCCCACCCCCCCCCAACACAGUGGGUGUGCCAGGAGGUGGGGUGGGGGCUGGGGGGGUGAUGGACACAAUACCUGCUGAUGGAGCCCGUUGGCAGCACUUGCCCAGUUCACAGAUCAGUGCCAGGGCACAUACCCGAGGGACUGGGAGCAGUGGAUGAUGAGCCCCGCCCCCCACAUACGUGGGAGACUGUUCGGCCCAUCGAGUCUGGGCUAGCAUUGUUGUGAGAGCAGCCAUGUUUUCCUUACACUGAUUAAAACGUUUGCUGCAACCGA